AUGCUUAGAUGCCGGGAUGCGGGCAGAGUGAGACAUACGAAGACAUGGGAAGCGCGCAUCCGUACCUCACCCAGACGGCACUCUGGCCGCCCUGAACCCAGCGAUAUUCCCCCUCACCGGACAUCAGCGGUGUCCGAGAUGUGGCGUGCAGAAAUGCUCUUCAGCCCUGCUCGAAGUGAGGUGCAAGGCGGCCCGACCAUGGCAGGCAAUGGGCAGUCUCUCGGUCCCGGGCUCUUUGGGAUGUCUACGGCCUACGGAGCCAAGGAUCGGGGAGCCGGACCCAGACACCGAGGAAAGCUGUCUUUCACUGAGGGCAUCGGGAUGAAGGGGCGGUCUCCUCCAGCCGCUCCUUUGAGGGGAUGCUGGGAGUGGUCAGGAAAAGUCGGAGCUGAAAGCGCGCAUUCAUGGAUGCUGCUGCUUGAACUCGACUUCGAAGAGGAGGGGGAGACUGCAGAAAAUGUGAGGGGUGAGGUGAUUGGUGUUCCCUGGGGUUACACGGAAACGGCCUCCAGCUGGCAGGCCCUGUCCGUCGAACCUGCCUCAUAG